AAAAUCGGUAAUAAAAAGUUUUAAAAUUAGGGUUUUAGCGUUCUAUAUCCAACUCGUCUCGAUAUCCAACUCCGCCUUCAGGUCAUUGAGAGAAGCCGCAGCCUCGAGAUCAAACAGGAAGCAAAAUGCCGAAGCAAAUCCACGAGAUUAAGGAUUUCCUUCUAACUGCAAGGAGGAAGGAUGCACGCUCUGUCAAAAUCAAGAGGAGCAAAGAUGCUGUCAAGUUUAAGGUUCGAUGCUCCAAGUACCUUUACACUCUUUGCGUGUUUGAUUCGGAGAAGGCCGACAAGUUGAAGCAAUCCCUUCCUCCAGGUUUGAGCGUGCAGGACCUGUGAAGAAGAGAUUUGAGUAGCUUGACAGAAUCUAAGGAAUGCAAUGGAUUUGUUUUUUGUUGGGAAUUUUGAAGAAUUUAUGGAUUCAUGCCCUGGUAUUUGGGGUUUAUGUGUGGACUUAAGUUUUAUUUUAGUGGUUUAUUUAUGGAUACCUUGUUUGAAAUUUAGCACUUGGGUCUCGUUUGAGACUGCUUCUCUAGGAAGUACUUCGGCUCAUAAGCGUGUUCAUUAUAAAAAUCUUGAAUUUUCAUAAAUAAAAUCAAGAAGCAAUAAGUACUUUUAAA